GGAGAGAGAGAGAGGGAGAGAGAGAGAGAGCAGAGUGAAGCUGAACAGUGAGCGAGUGGAGCAGCAGGAGUACUUCUGUCCUCUGUGCUGAGAACGAUCCAGUCUCAAGUGUCACUGAGAGCAAAGAGUCUGCAGGACCUUGUCCCAAAAGAAAGAAGACAAAGAAAAAGGAUCUUUUCCUCCUAGAACUGAGACUUGUUCAUGAGGACAGCCUUUUCUGACUCCAGGAUGAUCUAUCACCUUUCAAAAGAACACAAAGUCUGAAGCUGCUCCGGCUCGAACAAAUCAUUGCCUCUGAAAGAGGAAUAAAGGAAGAAGAAGAAGAAGAAGAAGAGGGGGAGUAAAAGUCAGUCCAUCAACGAAUGUCUAAAUCAGGCACAUUUGGGGACCAUUGGAUAUAUUGUCCCUUCUGAAAACCAGAAGAAAAAAGGAAUAAAGAAGUAAAGUGAGGCGAGAAAAGAGGGAAAAGCUUUUCAUUGUGAGAACAACUUAAAGAGGAUGUUGGCAUUUGUUGCAUACACUCAGAUGCAAAGAGAAGAGAUAAAGAAAUAAGAAAGAAGAAGAUAUAAAGACGAAAAUAACGAUUGAGUAACAGAAGGAAAGCACAACCACAAGUGUCUGGUUUUGCACAAAGGAUCCACAAAAAGGAGGAAUAAAGCAAAAAAGAAAGAGGAAGUUUCUUUUCGGUAGUAUUGAUCUAAGAUGUCAUAGAACAACAUCGUUUGAACUUCACUCCUUUAAGUCUGGAUCAACAUAAAAUACAGAUGGAAUAUCAGCUCUUCAGCUGAAAGGACUAUCAUUUAAUUUAACUUUAGAAUUAAAAACUUAAAUUAGUCUGAAAGAGAGGGAAGAAAAGAGUCUGAAUUUGCCGUUUGCUGAAGACAGAGGUGCAAAAAAAGUUUAAGGAGCAAACAAAAAAGUCAAAGGAAGCUACAGAAACGCAGCAGUGAGAAGUCAAAAGUGUAGGCACAAAAGGGAUGCAGAGGUAAAAAAAGGGAACAGAGAAAUAUCUCUGAAAAAGAGGACAAGGAGGUUUAUAGCAGACACAGAGAAGAAAAGGAAUAAUCAAGGGGAAAAAAGGCAAAACGGAUGACCCAAGACAAAAAGAAAGAGUGACGAGUGAAAGGAGGACAAUUCAAAAGAUCAGGGAGGACUGAAGAACAAAAGUGGAAACAUAAGGCCAAAUAAUAAAAGGAGGAAAAAAAAAACUUUAAAAAGGGAACGGACCCAGGUGUUACAAUGCGGGUUCUGGUGCUUCUUGCUGCUCCUCUCUCCAUCCUCAUCCUCCACAUUGCAGUGGUGGCCCCAGCCGUCGGCGUGGCCCCGGGCCGUCUGGAGCGCUGGGUCCGCUCAGGCCUCCAGUCGCUGCAGUGGGACCAGCUGGACCGGUGCCUGCGCAUGUCCUCGCUCUCUGAGGCCGAGUGCAGGAGGCUCGCCCACCUGCCCCUGUCCGCCGUGGCUGUUUACGUAUCGGAGCCCCGCACUGCUGCAGGUAACGCAAACAAAGUUCUGGCUAUCCUGCCGGACUCCUCAGGGGGCUCGAUGAGCUCCAAACCACGAGGAGGUUACAGCGUCAGCCAGGUGCUGAAUGGAGGGGUAGGUUCCCACAGACCUCGGCAGCCAUUCCCCGGCUCCACGGCCCACGAUGCCGUGCUGGUGCUGGAUCCGAGCCCAGGGGAGAACUUUGGGCACCCAGUGGUCCUGUUCUACGUGGAUGUGAACGUGACGAAGAAGCGAUGCUCCCACCUGGAUGGAAUUUACCUCGGCGAGGAGUGUUUGACUCUGGCUUUAAAGGGUCGUUGUCAGAACCAGCUGAAGCGUCGGCAAGCCGGGCCAGAGAGGCUUAUGGGUAAUGGACAGGGUCGGCUGGCAGGUGGGGCACUGCGCAGUGGUACCACGAGUGGUGGUAGCCGUCUGGUGGAGCGGGCCGUUGGAGGGCUUUGUGAAGUCCACUUCCUUCCACUGGUGGUCGAAGUCGGAGACAGCAACCGGACACAGAGACUCAGAUGUGUUGACCACGCAGAGUUUGCGAGGUGCCCUCAGCCACUGCCCAUGGGCUCGCCCAGUUUGCCCGUUUCAAGCUGUGAGCUAAAUAAAAACACCAGACGCUGCCACCAGCAACCACUGGCCACUCACCUUUCCUGCCGUCUCUACCAGACGUGUGACCACGCUGUGCUCAUCUCAGGUGGCUGGCAGCAGCAGAUGACGUUCCAGCGCCAUGUUCAGAAUCUACAGAGGUUCUACAGGAUGCUGCAGAACAACGGCUUCCAUAAAGAACACAUCAAGACCUUCUUCGCCAGCAGUGGACAGCUACCUGAGGAUGUAGAGGGUGUGUACUCAGCAACAGAGAAAGCGGUGAUUCGUAACCACGUGUCGUACAUCUGCAGGAAGCAGCACUGUGCUGACACGUUGGUUCUCUACCUGAACUCACCAACACGCAACGACGGCACCAUGCUGCUGUGGGACGCCAACCGCAAUGGCAUUGCUGACCUGAAGGAGCGGUACUCAGUCAACGAACUGCUGGCCGACCUGGCCGGCUGCAGGGCGACUCGUGUGUUGCUGUUUGUGGAUCAAAGCUACAGUGGUGUUCUGUCCAAGAGGCUGCAAGGGUCCCAGAAACACCUCAACGUGGUUCUGAUCCAGAGCCAGACGCAGCAGAGCCACAACCACCAGAGGUUGAACCCAGGCUGGGAGGACAGCGGCUGGUCCCACAUCAGCCCUUUCAGCUGCCUGCAGGACCACCUGGCAAAGGGUACUAGGAUGACUCGCCUCCUGGAGCCGUGGGCCGGCCUUUUAAACGUGACGCUGGCCGGCGCCCCCUGCAAUGCAACGCCGCCUCUGACGGAUGGCGAGAUGCGUCGAGAGUACCAGGGCUGCCAGAACCUGCCCACCGCGCUCUGGCACCAGAAACAAAGGAGGCCCAACUGAGAGAGAGAGAGAGAGAGAGAGAGAGAGAGAGACUUCCUGAUGGAGACAAAGGGAGAGAGAGAGAGAGAAAUUAAUUAUGGACACACCAGCACACCAACACCACACACACAACCACCACAACACCCCACACCCACACACACACACCACACACACACACAACACACACACACACACACCAACACACCAACACAAACACACAAAGACCAAUCAAUCACAAGUGUUUGCAUUGCACACAGACAUCUGCCAGUGUGUGUUAACUUAGGACUUUAGUUUGUGUUUGGGGGACACUAGAUUGUGUGUGUGUGUCUGUGUGUGUGUGUGUGUGUUGUGUCCUAACUCAGACAGUAACCAUGGCGAUGACAGCUCAUCCCAACGGGAGUGUCCUAAACACAAUGUGAACCGUGCGUUUGUGAGUUCAGCAAAAGGACAACCACUCUCUGAGUCCAUUGCUAGCUCAUGCUCAUUGUGUUUUGUGUGUGUGUGUGUGGUGUGUGUGUGUGUGUUUGUGUGUGUGUGUGUGUGUGCGUGCGUUUGUGUUUGCCACAUCUCCUGGGCACUUAAACAUUUCAGAGGAAAUCAUCUUUCUCUAUUUUUAUCUUCACAACAGUAACCAGAGCAUGUUUUUCUCUCAUCCCAGAAUGCUGUGUGGCGUAGCCAGACCUUGCUCCGCUCCGCAGCGUGUAGAAGGUCUGGCGAGGCGAGACUACUUUCCUCCCAACCUUUCCUCUCUUCAUAUUCUCUUCUAUCCUUCUCUCUACACUCUUUCCUUCUUGCCUCCAUCUCAAUCCCCUCCGGCUUCUCCAUGUACCUCCUUCUCUCCCUGCCAUUUGUCUUAAAUUUCUUAUGUUUGUUCCUCUUUUCCUCUGCCUUUUUGGCAGUGAGUUUCUCUUUUCCUUGUUUCCCGACAGUGUUUAAAAAGCAUGAAUACUGAUUGAAUACUUUCUUCAACAGAUAUCAGAAAUGACACAAUCGUAAAACAUGAGGUACAGUAAGUUUUGUGCUUUUAGAAUUUGUGCACAAGAAAAACCUAACCGAAGACAUGACAAUCUUUUUUUGUUUUUAAAAGUCCACUU